AUGGCGUCCGAAAGUGAUGGGGCUGAUGUCUGGAGCCUCAGUGCUUCGGCUGAUGACUAUAUCUCGUCUCGGCCCCAAAUUCAAGUUUUGAAUGUUGAAACGCCCAAAGAAAGAUUCCCUAAUUCUGAAGACAUCAGACCCCCUGACGUUGCAACAUGGAGGUGCAAUCUGACUGCCCUUUCCCAGAGGCGCAAUCUUCUUUUUGUGGCAUCUGGAAGCAGCAUCCACGUCUGGGUGCCAUCUGGGCCAUUCCAAAUGCUGGGCUCUCGACCGGAAAUGAUCAUCGACCCCGUGAUGAAGAUGCCACGCGCGGAAGGCUAUAUUGACCGUAACAACCCACACACGAUCAACGCAAUACUUGUGGACGACUUAGGACGUGACGAGGUCCUCCUUUUGGUGACAGACUCCGGCAAUGUAUGUGGCUACCGCGUGGAGGCGAUCUAUUCAUGCCUGGCCCGUUGCAAGGAAGAAGGCAUCAAACGACCCUUUGAUGGUGCUCAGGUGAGCCCUUUCUUCACAGAGGAAGUAGGCAUGAGCGCGUGGGGUCUAGCAACUCAUAAGUUUGCUCGCUUGAUUGCUGUCAGCUCAAACACCGGCCAGAUCACAGUGUAUGCAUUCGCACUCGUGAAUCAGACUCCGGAUGGAGAUGACAUGCAAGGUUGCAGCCUGACGUCAGAUCAGACUUGGGUCUCUAUCAACAAUCGAAAGCAAUUGCGAGAGCUUCAGAAGCUCAUGCCCUAUAAUCACCGGUCCCGCAAUCUACGGUUGACCUAUCGAGGUCAUUUUGACAACAUCCCGUGUGUCUCAUUUGCUAAUUUUGAUCUUGAUGCCAAUGGAAUCUGGAUGGUCAGCACAGACAUCAGCAACAGGGUUAUUAUAUGGCGUGUGUGGGAUGACCUGUGGCCCUGUCGAGUGUACUUCCCUGGUCACACCUCGAAUAACCCACCACAAAGAGGCUGGACAGUGCUACCUCUUGACCCACGCACAUUCAAGCAUUACCAAACAAGAGAAGAAGCAUGUGGAACUAAACCAAGAUUUGAACUUGAUGGGUUACGGACAAUACUAGAUGUUUCAAAGGCCAUUCGAGAAGUCAAGGAUGCGUCCCAGCUUAUUGAUGAGACGGAAAACCGAAACCAAACCAAACCUAUCAACAAUCACUGUCUCCCAGAUGAUAUCUUCUCUUCUGAAUGCUGCAUAGAUGAGGACCGCUUUUCCUCACCGGCAGGCUUGGGACACGAUUUUCGACCAGCCUCCGAGCACGACCAAGAGAAUGACUCUGGAGGCCGCCUCUCGCCUGAUUUAUCAACACGUUCAGAGUCUGCAGAAUUUUGGUCAUCUGCACCUCCAAGGAUCCAAUCGAGGCCACGAACGAAGCCCCUUCUGGCCAGCCUUUUCGAAGAAGACAACCCACAUUCCCGUGUUGAGCCACGGUUGGUUUACAAGCCAUCCAGGGAAGAUCUGACGGACAGUUUCGACAACUUUCACGUAACGCCUGUCCACCCUCCCUCUUCCGGUUUUUACCCUGUCAUCCAUUUCUCCGAGACCACUAUCGCCCUUGCUCCUUACCCGAUGCACUCCGAAUAUCAUCUAAUAUGCAAAUCACCUCUACUCCAGAAAUUUCAGAGCUGGGACAUCAGUCGCCAUUGUGAUCGGUUCAACAUGGUCAAGUACAUCCCUGAGCUCGGAAUUGUGGUGGCUGCUUCUCAGAAAGGUCGCUUAGCCAUCAUCACACUCACCUGGCAAAGGGAAAUCGGCUUCGCGUUCCGACUUGACUGGAUCGUCCCAUUUUAUACUCAAGAGCUGAACGACGAACGCCCCGAGAGCCCUCUUCUCGGCAUCGCCGUCAGCCCCAUGGCGGGUUCCGAGAUUCCGCAGGAUGUCCCUUGUAUCCCCCAGGGUGUUGACCCCAAUGACUGGCUCAAAUUCCACUACCGCAUUCUCAACCCAGACGAUAACGAGGACUCGUCCUCUGCCUCUCCAUCGAGGUCUUCUAGCCCCGCUCAUAAUGAAACCACUCACUCUGCAUCCACCCCACGUGCAUAUUUCGACACAACCUCACAAUUCACAAGCUAUGCAGAGGGGAAUGAGUUUGAAAAGCCCGAAACACACACACAAAACCUCCCUAGUAUCUCAGACGCAACACUGAGAGAACAUAAUACGCUCCCUGAAAUCCAUGCCGAGGCAUUCCGCGCCUACCGCCCCCACGAGAAUUGGCACGGCUCGCACCCAUCUCGCCAUUACCGUUUGCUCUUAAUGUUUUAUGACCACACGGUCAUGAGCUACGAGUUCUGGCAUGACUGGGAGAUUAAAGCUCCUGCCGAGGAGUAA